CACUAACGUUGGUACCAGCCAUUCGCGGAGGCAAUAGAAAACCAAAACAGCGUGGGUGUGGACUUUGGAAAAACUUCGUCGCUUCAAUUCAAUUUUCUUCGUUCCAGUCGCGCUCUCUCUUUCUCUCAUUUCUCUGGCUCUAAAGAAUCUGAAUCCCCAUCUUCUAUCUACCUACUUUUCCGUCACCAAAUUCCUCCCUCUCUCUCUUCCAUCCUCCUCCUUCUCCUUGGCGGAGGACAGCAGAAAAUCCAAUCCAAUCUCCUCUCCUUCUUUUCGUGGAGGGGAUAUACAUACAAAAAGGAAGCAAGAAAAGAAAGAGGAGUGAAGAAUCCUGGUGAUCGGAUGGUGGCAAGGAUGAUAAGAUGGCGGCCAUGUCCGCCGCUAUCCCGUAAGUUCGAGGUGCGGUUGGUCGUGCGGAGGAUCGAGGGUCUACCUCCGCUUCCGCCGCAAGAGGAGGUGGGGGCGGUGCCGACGGCUGCGGCAGAGGUGAGGUGGCGGGGGCCAAAGAUGACGCUGAGCUCGCUGAGGCGGACGGUGAGGAGGAACCGCACCCGGGAGGAGGGGGUGGGGCCGAGGGGUGUCGUGGAGUGGGAAGAGGAGUUCAAGAGCUUCUGCAGCCUCACCACUUACCGUGAUAGCGCCUUCCAUCCCUGGGAGAUCGCCUUCGCCAUCUUCUUCAAUGGCUUGAAUCAGGGACUCAAGAACAAGGCCCCUAUAAUUGGAGCGGUUGCUUUGAACCUUGCAGAAUUUGCAUCUACUUCCGAGGGAAAAGAGAUAGAGACUAGUGUUCCUUUAUUGCUUCUAGGCGUGUCUACUGAAUCUCAUCCAACACUUUAUUUAGCUCUCAGCCUAUUGGAAUUGAGAACUUCGCAAGAAUCUCUGGAGGCAGUGCAAAGAUCUGUAGUUCCUAUUUGCAUAUCACCUCCAUCUAAAGAUACUCCCCCUUUUGAGAAAGAUGAGUUUUCUGCCUUUAAAUCUGGUUUGAGAAAGGUGAAGAUACUCACAGAGUUUAUUUCAACUCGAAAGGCAAAAAAGACAUGCCCAAAUGAUGAAGGUAGUGAAGGAAGGAGUUCUGCUAAGAGUGAUGUAGAACAAAUAUACCCAUUUGACACAGAUUCUCUUGAUGUUGAUCUUGAAGAAGAGCUAGAAGACAGUAAAGAGGACUUCAGUUUUAGGAAAUCAUGUAGUUAUGAUACUUUGGCAUCUACAAACUACAUUGGGGGAUCAUUCUACUUUGACAUGAUGGUAAAUGAUGAAGAUUGGAUAUACUAUGGUCACCGAAGAUCAGAUGUAGGCUACUCGCAUACUGGUGAAACCCCUGAGCAACCUAUUUUGCAGACUUCAAAGAAAAGUAUCCUUUCCUGGAAGAAAAGAAAACCAAGUUUCAGGUCUCCAAAGGCUAGAGGAGAGCCUCUAUUAAAGAAGUCGUAUGGAGAAAAUGGUGGGGACGACAUUGAUUUUGAUCGCCGUCAACUAAGCUGCUUAGACAAAUCUAUCUCUGUAGGGGAACAUAGUGGAUGUGAUGAUCCAAUGGUAAAUCAGGCAUCAAUAUUAGAUUUUGGUGAUGACAAUUUUGCAGUAGGCAGUUGGGAGUUGAAGGAGGUAGUAAGUCGUGAUGGUCAUAUGAAACUGCAGACCCAGGUCUUCUUUGCAUCCAUUGACCAAAGGAGCGAGCGAGUUGCUGGUGAGAGUGCUUGUGCUAUCCUCGUCACGGUUAUUGCCGACUGGUUUCAGGCCAACCAAGAUAUCAUGCCCGUCAAGUCCCAAAUUGACAGCCUCAUCAGGGAAGGUUCCCUUGAGUGGAGGAAUCUUUGUGAGAAUCAGAAAUACCAGGAGUGUUUUCCUGACAAGCACUUCGACCUUGAGACAGUCCUUCAGGUAAAGAUCCGUCCACUUUCUGUCAUCCCGGAGAAGUCUUUCAUUGGAUUCUUCCAUCCUGAAGGCAUUGAUGAGACUGGUGGCUUUGAAUUCCUCCAUGGGGCCAUGUCCUUUGACAACGUUUGGGAUGAGAUCAGCCGAGCUGGAUUGGACAGCCCUGUAGAUGGAAGCCCUCAGCUUUAUAUAGUGAGCUGGAACGAUCACUUCUUCAUUCUCAAGGUUGAAGUGGAUGCUUAUUAUAUUAUAGAUACUCUUGGAGAGAGACUUCAUGAAGGCUGCAACCGAUCUUAUAUUUUGAAAUUUGAUGAUAACACCUCAAUUCACAAAAUUGUAGGUGACGUCAACUUCACUGUUGGCAAGGGAGUGGAAGCUGAAAACCAGCAGGUCGAACAAAACAACUGCACAAAGGAAGGGUGUUCCUCAGGAGAGAAGACCAGCAGGUUUGAUGGUGCAAAGGAGGAGCUAGUUUGCAGAGGAAAAGAAUCCUGCAAAGAGUACAUCAAGAGCUUCUUGGCUGCAAUCCCAAUUAGAGAAAUGCAAGUUGAUCUGAAGAAGGGGUUGAUGGCUUCCACACCAAUUCAUCACCGGCUCCAGAUUGAAUUCCACUACACUGAACCAUCUAAGGAGGUGUCGGGAAUGCUUCCUCCCGCAGCAGAGCAGGCUGCCAACUUUUUGUGGCCAGCAGAGCCAAUAGCACCUGCAGGUGUCUUAACACCAACAUCUAAAUUGGAAGUGGAGGUUGUGUAGUGCUUUGCUCAGUGCCUUUUUCUUGGCGAGAUUUUCUUUUCGGAUGUUGGUUGGGCUUACUAUAGUCUCAUAGCUGAUCUAGAUGGGUUAGAAAGUGCCAGGGUCCUAUCAGGAGAGAUCAGAAGAGAUGUGAUCUUCUCUUCGCUUUUUUUUUCCAAUCAAUCUUGCUGACUACAUGAUGCAUGUCUAUGUCCUUGCUUUUGUCCAGCGAUAGGUUUUGUAAAGAAAUGGCAGUGUGUGCCAAGUUAGUUGUAGAUGUCUCUCUCAAGUAUCUUCUUCCGGAGAAAUGCAUGGUUUAUCUUUGUAAUUGCAUUAUCCUAAACUCAAUGAACUCCACUCUGUCGCUGAAUUGGUUAAAAAUGUUCGCUCUAACGUUUCUUA